AGUUCGGUUCGGAGCAGUCGCUUUCGCUUCCUUCUCUGCUGUGGUCUGUCCUUGUGGGGACGCCUCUGGAGUUUAAUGUGUGGGACCCGGCCCAGGGGCGGGGGCAGAGAACGGGAGUUGCAGUGGGGAGGACUUCGAGGCGCACUGGGAAAAUCAAGGGAAAGAAAGAUGAGCUUCAUCUGUGGAUGGCAGGCUGCUACUAGAAGCUGUGUUUUCUUCCGAUUUAAUUUACUGGCCAACUGGAGAAAAUGUCACACACUAGCUGCAACCUCCUUGGACUGUCAUCAAGUACAAAUUAACCAUAUAGUGAAUAAAUACCAGGGCCUAGGAGUGUAUCAGUGUGAUAGGUUGACUUUUCUGCCUGAAAAUUUUCACUUCUAUAGGACUUUUUAUAACAAAAGAAUUGGAUGCCUCUUGAGCACCAGAAGUAAUGAAAUUUGGAUGAUUACCCGAAAAUGUACUGCAUGGAAUGAUGCUUUUUCAAGACAGCUAUUGAUAAAAGAAGUUGCAGUCAACACUGCCCAUUCAGUGUCACGUCCUCUGCACUGUUUUCCUUCAGGGGACAUCAGGAGCUUCCAUGCUUCUCCACGGUCCCAAGCUGCUCCAGUUCCUCUCUUUUUGAUACUUCUUAAACCAGUGCAGAAACUACUUGCAAUCAUUGUAGGCAGGGGCAUAAGGAAAUGGUGGCAAGCACUUCCUCCUAACAAGAAGGAAUUAUUUAAAGAAAGUCUAAGGAAGAAUAAAUGGAAGUUACUCCUUUGUUUGAGUAGUUUUGGAUUGCUCUUUGUAGUGUUUUAUUUUACCCACUUGGAAGUGAGUCCAGUCACAGGAAGGAGCAAGCUACUCUUAUUGAGGAAAGAACAUUUCAGACUUUUAUCAGAACUGGAAUAUGAUGCAUGGAUGGAAGAAUUUAAAAAUGAUAUGCUAACUGAGAAAGACCCCCGAUACCUGACUGUUAAGAAAGUGGUUUAUCAUUUAAUUGAAUGCAAUAAAGAUAUUCCAGGGAUCUCGGAGAUUAACUGGAUCAUUCAUGUGGUUGAUUCUCCAGAUGUAAAUGCCUUUGUGCUUCCAAAUGGACAAGUGUUCGUCUUUACUGGGCUUUUAAAUAGUGUGACUGAUAGGCAUCAGCUUGCCUUCCUUCUGGGCCAUGAAAUAGCACAUGCAGUACUUGGGCAUGCUGCAGAAAAGGCUAGCUUGGGCCAUAUAUUGGAUUUCCUAGGUCUGAUUUUUCUCACAAUGAUUUGGGCCAUUUGUCCUCGAGAUAGCUUGGCACUUCUGGGCCAGUGGAUUCAAUCUAAAUUGCAGGAGUACGUGUUUGCUAGACCAUACAGUAGAACAUUGGAGGCUGAAGCAGAUAAAAUUGGACUACAGGUUGUUGCAAAGGCUUGUAUGGAUGUCAGAGCCAGUUCAGUGUUUUGGCAGCAGAUGGAAUUUGUAGAUAGCCUCCUAGGUCACCCAAAGUUACCAGAAUGGUUAUCGACCCACCCUUCUCAUGGAAAUAGAGCUGAGCACUUGGAUAGACUCAUACCUCAGGCUCUUAAAAUUAGAGAGAUCUGUAAUUGCCCACCACUUGCUGGACCAGACCCUCGAUUAUUAUUCAAACUCAACAUGAAGCAUUUUCUUGAAGCAUCAGAGACAGAUGACCUAAAUAUCACUGUUAAGAAACAGAAAAUGGAUACUCCUCCCAUUCAAAAACAGAAGCAAAUACCAUUAACAUAGAUAGUUGAGAAAAGAACAGGCAACUGAGUUAAAAUUCAUGGCACGUAGGAUAUAUGAAGAAUGCAUCAGUCCUUAUUACUUUUGUUACUUUUAAAAAAUGUUUGAAAUAAGUGGAUAUUCAGGGUCAAAUCAUGUAUAUUACAUGUAUUAUCUAAAUUCUGGGUAUUUAUUUUUCAUGAAAUAUUGAUGUAUUUUAAUCUAUUUUAAAAUACCUUCAAUGAGGAAAAUGUCACAGAAUA